CGUGAUAGAUAGCUCCUCUUCCUCGCUUCGGGGUGCUGCUGUCUGUUGCGGCUGACUGACAGAUUUGGGGAAAGGGAAAGUGGUCUACCCUGGUCUUGCCGCUAGACAGUGGAGCGAGCUGGUUGUCUGGAGAUUGAGAGAGAGAGAGAAAGGUAGAGCGAGAGAGGGGAGUCGGGCAUUAGAAGAUGGAGCUCUCUGCGGUCGGGGAACGCGUUUUUGCCGCGGAAGCCAUUCUGAAACGGCGCGUUCGCAAGGGUCGUCUUGAAUACCUAGUGAAGUGGAAAGGAUGGGCACUAAAACACAGUACUUGGGAACCUGAAGAGAAUAUUCUGGAUGACAGACUCAUUGCAGGCUUUGAACAGAAAGAGCGUGAGAGAGAACUACACGGGCCAAAGAAGCGCGGGCCCAAGCCCAAGAACCUGACGGCCAAGGCUCGUAGGGAGGCCACAGCACGAGCCCCGCGCUCCACGUCUUCCUCUUUUCCCCGUGCCCCUCCAUCCUCCCCCUAUCCGUCUCUGCCCUCCUCCUCAUCCUCCGCUCCAGCGCCCUCCCCUAAACUCAACUCCCUGGCGGCAACGCACAAGCUGAAGAAAGACAUUCGCCGCUGCACAAGUAUGUCCCGCCGCCCCCUGCCCCGCCCCGACCCGUCGGCCGCACCCGGAACCUUCUCUGGGCCCGGCGGGUUCUCCUCGCGCCCCCCUGUCUCCCCCUUUUCAGAGACCGUCCGCAUCCUCAACCGCCGGGUCAAACCCCGCGAGGUGAAACGGGGUCGCAUCAUCCUGAACCUUAAGGUCAUCGACAAACCGGGAAGUGGAGGCGGAGGGAGGGGCGGGGCUAACAGGAGGGCGCCCUCCAGCUCGGUGUCCUUCCCGGGGGGUCGCCAGAACCUCCCCUCCCGGAACAGGAUCAUUGGGAAGAGAGGUGGAGAGGCUCCCUACCGGCCCUUCCAGCCCAUGCUGGGUUUCCCCAUGUACGGGAAGCCUUUUGGGCUCCAGUGUGGCAGUCCUGGGCCCCUGCACAUUUCACAGCCGACCACGGGCCCCAGUACAGCAGCCCCAGGGGCCACCGGGGAAAGCAACACCCAGUCAGCCCACUCUUCUGUGGGGUCUUGCUACCAGCCGCCCCCCUCUCCCUCCAGAUCCAGUGGAUCAGAGGCCAUCCCCGCUCAGAACGAGCUUGUCCCUGCUGGACAUCAGGCCCAACCCGCCCCCGGGGCCUCUGCCUCCGGGUCGGUUCCAGGCACCGGCCCCCAUGUUUUGGCCUCUGCCUUCUCCGUUCAGUCCAGCAGCCAGCCGCCAGAGGUCCAGAAGAACACUAACCAAAAACCUAAUGUCCUCUCCUCGUCCCCGUCUCGUUCGUCCGGCUCCACCUCGUCCUCCUUUGAGGAGGAUGAUGAUUAUGACGGUGAUGCCCUGGACCUUUCCGCGACACAGGACGGCAAAAGGAAGCCUCACCGCUGCGGUCGUCAGAGACGGCAACCGCCCUCCGAAAGCACCUCCAUGCCUCUCCCCAGCACAGCGUCCACCCCACUGACCUCUGACCCGAAGAGGGUCCCUGCCGAGGGCGACCCUGACUGGCAUCCGGAGAUGGCGGCAAGCAGUGCCAACGUGGUUGUCACCGACGUCACGUCGAACCUCCUCACUGUCACCAUCAAGGAGUUCCCCUCUCCCUCGUCCCAACCUCCAUCCCCCUCCUCCACCUCCGCUGCCUCCCCCAAACCCCCACACCCUGAAGAAAGCACCUCCUCCUCAGCCCCCGCUGCCACCACUAAAGAAACCCCCCAGGCUAAGUCAUCUAUCGAUUGCUUUAGCCCAUCUUGCCGCGUUGCCGCUAUGAAGUUCAUAGUGGUUUUGGUUGGGGCUGGAUCCGUGGUCUUCCUUGGCGUAGUAAUCUGCAUCAUCGCCAGUGUAUACCCGCGAAAAGCUGCUGCGCCCCAGGACCUAUCCGACAACGCGACGCUGACCGCGGAGUCCCUGUUGCAGUCCGGCUCCAUCGCGCACGCCGGUCCCCUGGGCGCUCUCCAUGGUUCUGAAUCCUACGAGGAAGGCGGGAGAGGCGGCAUGGGUCUCGGGUUGGGGGGACCUUCUGCUCUCAAUGAGCUCAGACCAGGCGAUGUGACCGGUGGUGGUGGCGGCGCGCCGAAACAAUUCAGCUUCAGCCGUCUCAUCUGCACCCCGAUCCCUGCCGGAGAAUGCAAGCCCAAGAGCCUGAAGCAGCAAGCGGACGACCCCUCGCUUUACGGCGACGACUCCGAGGACUGGAGCUAUCUUCGAACCACAGCUGAUGAACUCCGGCAGACUGUGGUGCAACAAAACGACCAGAUCCUAAUGGAUCAACGGACCAUCCGUGAACUCACGGGGAAACUGUCGGAGUGCGAGAGCGGCCUGGAGGAGAGCGCUCCUGGGCCCUCCGAGCGGAGCCUGGGAGUAUGGGUGGGCAACCGCCGCCUCAUGGCCGGGGAUGAUGUGAGCUCGUCCGCGGCGGUUCAGCUGCAGACCGCGAGGGCAGUGGAGGAGCUGGAGAGGGCCAUUCUCAAUCUGAAGGAUCGCAUUGAGAAACUGGAGCUGGAGAUCGGCCCCGCUGCCCUCAACCUCUCCAUUGAGACUCCUCCUGCCAGCGCCGGUGUGGGCGUGAGCACGGGCGUCGGCGCUAAAGUUCAAGGGUCGGCACCGACAACAGGGGGCGGCGGUGCCUCCACGGGCGGGCGGAAGGCUCCCGCGGCUCCCGCGAGGGGAGGGGGAGGCCCCUGGAAGAAUCUGGAAGGCGAGCUGGAGAGGAAGAUUGAGAUGCUGGAGAAAGAGAGGAAGGCGCUCAGGAAGGAGACCCAGACGAGCCACAAGCAGACGGACCAAGGGAUUGACACACUGCAGCACCGCAUCGCAGAGCUGGAACAGAGUCUAACGGAGGACAGCUAUCCCGACGGCUAUGUCCUGUCCUUCCCCAUCAGGACCAACUACAUGUACGGUCUGCUGCGGAGAGAGAUGCCUGAGAUGUACGCCUUCACAGCCUGCGCCUGGCUUAAGGUUAAAGAGGGAGGCAUUGGUACCCCCUUUUCCUACUCUGUUCCGGGACAACCCAACGAACUGGUUCUGCUGCAGGGUGUUCACAACCCAGUGGAGCUGCUCAUCAAUGAUAAGGUGGCGCAGCUUCCCCUGACCCUGGCCCAGGGCGUGUGGGAGCACAUCUGUGUCAGCUGGACCCUGAGAGACGGCGUGUGGAAGGCCUACCAAGGGGGGAAGCAGAAGGGCCGCGGAGAGGGGCUGGCAGCGUGGCACCCCAUUAAGCCAGGAGGAGUCCUCAUUCUGGGGCAGGAGCAGGACACCUUAGGAGGCCGUUUCGAUGCCUCGCAGGCCCUAGUGGGGGAGCUGUCCCAGUUCAACCUGUGGGACAGGCUCCUGAAGCCCGCGGAGGUGUCCGCCUUGGCUGCCUGUUCCUCGGGUAAACUGGGCAACGUGGUCCCCUGGACCGACCAGGACAUAGAGGUCUACGGAGGAGCGACCAAAGAAGCUGUGGACCCCUGCAACCAGCCCUCCAGGGUCAGCGCCGUGUCCAGACCCAAACAGUGAGGUGAAGGAAGUCAUUGAAAACGGGUCCCUAGGUCGUUUGAAAGGGGAGCCGCUCAAUUAUGUGAGAGAGUUUCGUUGUCUUGUGCUCCUCCCGAGAGGGAUUUCAAGGUGUUUUUGGGAAGGGGUCAUGUGAUGUUUUUAGUUGUGUUAAAGUGCUUUUUUUUUUUUUCUUCAAAGAGAGGUUGUUGCGGCGUGCCGAAGGUUUUCGGAGAGGAGGUACUUUAAUGAGAAAACACUUGGUGUGUUUUUCUCUUUGAUUUUCACGCCACACCAAAUGUGUUAACAGUGCUCCACCUGUUCAGAACCGCUGAUUCACUUGACCUCUGUGUCCAUGGGAGGAAAUAGUAAGGUAGAGAGGUACAGCUUUUUUCUACAUUCAGGGCGCAAUUCAGUCAAACCCACAAUUCAGUAUUUACACCGUAGCUAAUUUAGCUCUGAUCAAAUAGACUCAAAGACUGGUCCGGGGUAAUGUAUGAAAACCUACAAUUACUACCAGACCGGUUUUGGAUACGGUAUAAAAACUGAAAAGGACUACCAAGCUGGUGUUGGAUACGGUAUAAAAACUGAAAAGUACUACCAAGCUGGUGUUGGAUAUUGUAUAAAAACUGAAAAGUACUACCAGGCUGGUGUUGGAUAUUGUAUAAAAACUGAAAAGUACUACCAGGCUGGUGUGGGAUAUUGUAUAAAAAAUGAAAAGUACUACCAGACUUGUGUUGGAUAUUGUAUAAAAACUGUAAAGUACUACCAGACUUGUGUUGGAUACUCUAUAAAACUGAAAAGUACUACCGGAAUGAAUCUUUUCACCGGUAUCCUUUCACUUUUUACAAUUCAGAGAGGGAAUGGGAUGGAUAGGUUAAACAAAGACACAGCCUGAACAUUUCCUGGGUGGGUUUGAAUGAAUCCCGUCCCUAAACUGUCUGUCAGAGAAGAAACAGUGAAACUCAGUUCUUGUUCUAAGCCGACUCAGUAAGCGCUUACACACAGACGGCCUCGUCUUGUCUCCUGCUGUAUGAAGCUUGUGUUUCUUCUUCCAACAAGGCGAUUUUGUAUUGUAUUUGGGGAUGCUAUGACUGGUUCUAAAUGUUGCUACAGCCGAAUGUUAAAAGUUAGGAACUGUCUUUUCACUGUUUUUUUUGGUACUGUGUAUUCAGUUGAUAUUAGUUUUGCAGUGAUGUUAUUGUUGUGAGUGUGUGUUAUGUACUUUAAAAACUCCAGAUAAUUGAGACCCAUCCCUCCCUUCCAGCUUUGACUCACAAAAACUCCAAUGUGGCAUCUAGAGUUGCCAUAUUGCACCACGCUGAUGUGACACUUGCACUGUGACUUGCAUUGCUUUGUCAUUGCAAGGAACAAUGCAUUUCACAGUGUUACGACGGUAAAUAACCACUAAUAUUUGGUUAUGAACAUAAAUAGUUGUGAAUGAAAUGGACUUCUGAAAUGUAAAAUGGCUACCACUUUAAAUUCUAAACUCCAUGUAGAUAAUAUCGUGUUAAUCGUGUUGGUACUGAUAACACGACGGACACCUGAUAAACUCCGGUUGACCUCUGACCUGUGCUCACGUUUAUGAAUGUAAACCCGAUAGAAUGGAAUGUAUGCAUGAGAAAAACGCCUCAGUGAACGUGUAUUCACCUUUACACCGUGACAAAAAUAACUCUCGUCAGGGUGAGGAGACGGGACGUUGUGACAAUGGGGUGAAAGGUCAAAGGUGAAGUGAAGGAAAGUGGACCACAACAAUUGGUUGCCCCGUCGCCGUGGUUUUACCCAUUUCGGCCCCUCUUCACCAUUGACAUAAUGGUUGUGAAGUGCCUGUCUGGGUUUGCACGCCCAAUACAAAUGUAACAUGUAUUUUAGCCUCCUUCAUUCUCUCUUGCUUGCACUAUCUCAUCUUUUUUUCUCUCUGUCUCUCUGUUGUCUGCUAUUGGUUAUGAUGGUAACCAGCUGUGAUGUCAGUGACUGUCAUGCUUGUUCCUCUGCACCUCCGUGGAUCUCCUAUGAUAUUGUGACAAUAUGUGGAUGACUAAAUAAAAUGGUGAUGAUGACAUAA